GUCCUGGUCAGAGGGAAUGCUGCGUUGCUUCUCGCUAUGUGUGAUCGUAAUCGCGGGAGCGUGAAAGGAUGGAGGAUUUUAACCUGAGUUUGGGACAUUUGGAUUGAGGGGGUCAAGAAGCUGAACGACUGUUUUCUUGGAUCUGAUUUUAUUUUUUAGGGGGGAUUCGGUUUUUUUAUUUUUUACAUGCAAAAUGCCAUUUGCCAAAAGGAUUGUGGAACCUCAGUUACUGUGCAGGCACGCGAUUCCCAACGAUGAGGGUUUGCUUUUUGAGGAUUUGUGCUCGAUCAACAAUGUGUCACUUUCUCGGACCCUUAGGCAGCUUUCUGACCUGGCGAAGCACGCCUGCUCCCUAUUUCAGGAACUGGAAGACGAGAUCAUAUCCACGAACCAGCGGGUUUGGAUUCUGCAAAACAAAAUAGGCAGAAUCCAGCAGACUACCAGCGGGCUAGAUCCGAAGCAAGAAGCAGUGCCGGUGUCCAACCUCGAUGUUGAGAGCAAGCUGACGACGCACUACCAGGCCCCAUGGCAUCAGCAGCGCAACGUGUUCCUCCCUUCCACCCGGCCACCGUGCGUGGAGGAGCUGCACAAGCACGCCAAGCAGAACCUGCGUGCCCUGAACCGGGAUCAACAGCAGCGGCAGCGGGCGAGCAGCCGAGAGCGGCGGGUCACCAUUUCUGUCUCAGUGGCGCCCCCCAUGCCCACCUUCCCUUCGCCCCGUACUCUGAGGCGACGCGAGCAGAGGAGCAGACACCCUCGAACGCAGGAGAGACAAGGGAGAGACAUAGAAUAUCAACAUGUGCCAAGGAAGGAGAGGCCUGUUAGGGAUGUAGAGCCUCAGCAAACACAGAGAAAGGCCGCCCCUCAAACAGACCCUGACACAGAAGUGGUGACACUAGGUCAUAGGCCCAAGUGUCCCGUGCCUAAUAUCCCCUCCACCCUGGACAAGCAGACUAACUGGUCCAAAGCGCUCCCCCUCCCCACCCCAGAGGAGAGAAUGAAAACUGAGUCCCAAGUGAUUGCCUCCUGCAUCAUUCCCAUUAACGUCACUGGGGUUGGAUUUGACAGAGAGGCCAGUGUCCGCUGCUCGCUUGUUCAUUCUCAGUCGGUGCUUCAGAGACGGCGGAAGCUGAGAAGACGAAAAACCAUCUCUGGUAUUCCCAGAAGAGUGCAGCAAGACUUAGACUCUGACGAAUCUCCAGUGGCAAGAGAAAGGAAUGUGAUUGUACACACCAAUCCUGACUUUUCCUUGGGCCAUAAGGAGCUUUCACUCAGUGGCCGUCUGAACACUAAGGACUCUGGGUGCCAGACAGAGGACUUCCUGAUCACUGCUCCCUCACGAAGGCGAAUCCGAGCCCAGAGGGGCCAGGGUAUCCCAGCCUCACUCUCCCACUCCACUGGCAACAUCACUUCUCUGCCAGACAGUUCUGAUGCCAUGUUUGCCGCCGCCGUCGGAGGCCGCCUGCGCUCCCGCAGCCUGCCCCGUGAAGGGGGCCGGCUCGUAGACGAGGACCCCGACGACAGUGACGAGGACGACGAAGAGCUGUCCCCCUACGAGGCAGAGGAGUUCCUUCCAGGCCCCGGAGGGGAGCGGAUCCUGAAGGACGAAGAGGAGAGCACGGACGACCAGGCCGCGCCAGAUCAUGAGCUGGUCGGCCUGAAGUGCAAGCAGCACGCUAGCAGCCCAGACCACGCCUGGGCUGAGAGGGGGCGGUCCCGGCUGCCUCGAAAAGCCGACAUGGGCAGCUGUGAGAUCUCCUCCAGCUCUGAUACCUUCAGCAGCCCCAUCCAUUCUGUAUCCACCACAGGAGUGCUGGGCACGCAGGUAGACCACAAGGAGGACCAUCAGUCCUCCAGUGGGAACUGGAGUGGGAGCAGCUCGACAUGCCCUUCCCAGACAUCGGAGACCAUUCCACCUGCUGCCUCCCCUCCACUGACUGGAUCUUCACACUGUGAUUCAGAGCUGUCGCUCAACACAGCUCCUCAUACCAGCGACGACCCCACUGGCUUUACAAUUGACCCUUACCAGGCUGAGACCGACCGUCCACAGGUUCGAGGACACAGGGCAAGCUCCUUUACCUCCACUGUGACCGAUCUACUGGACGAUCCAAACAUCAGCACUGCAAGCGAAGGUGAAUGGAACUACCUGCACCAUCAGCACAACAAGUCCUGCCACCAGGACUUCAGCCCACCACACACCAGAGAAGAUGAGGGUGGCCUGGAGUGUCCCAGCUUCACAAGCAUGGCCACAUAUGAGAGCUUCACAGAUAAGCCACCAUCUGAGAAGGCAGACUCCAGCUCACACUACUCCAUAGACACAGAAGGCUACUAUACCUCCAUGCACUUUGACUGUGGUCUCAAAGGUAGCAGAAGCUACCUCUAUAACUAUGCAGCCACGGACUCUGACUGUGGCCAGUGCAUAAAUGUUGCACCUCGCAUGGGCAGAUACCGUCAGCCAGAUUACAGAGAUCACAUGACACUGGGAAGACAUUGUCUUUCCCUGAAAAAACCAAAGGUGAAGCCAGCCCCACCAAAACGUAGUUCGUCGUUGAAGAAAUCAAGCAGUGGCACAAACGUUCCUGAUAAGAACGAACCAAAGAUAAAUAGCGGGCAGCACCUGCCAUUGUCUUCCAGGGAAAUUAAGCUGCAGCUGGAUUUGGCUGGAUCCCCAGGUCAGCUGGAGAACCCGAGUUUAGAUGAGGAGCCAGUGCAGGCCUGGGGUGUGGAGACUGCUGAUGAGAUGACUGACUCAAAUCUGUUCGGUUCCACAGAUACACACUCCUUUAAGGACGAAGGUGCUGUACAGUCAGACUAUGCAGAUCUUUGGCUUCUCAAUGACUUGAAAUCCAAUGAUCCUUACCGAUCAUUGUCCAACUCCAGCACUGCUACGGGUACAACUGUCAUCGAAUGCAUCAAGUCACCGGAGAGCUCAGAAUCACAGACCUCCCAGUCGGGAUCCAGAGCCACCACGCCUUCUCUUCCUUCUGUGGAAAAUGAGUUCAAGUUAGCCUCCCCAGAGAAGCUAGCAGGCUUAGCAUCACCCUCCAGUGGUUACUCCAGCCAGUCAGAAACACCGACAUCUUCCUUCCCCUCCGCUUUCUUCCCAGGGCCUUUAUCCCCAACAAGUGGCAAAAGGAAGCCCAAAGUCCCUGAGAGAAAGUCCUCUCUCUCUUCCCUACAGCAGCAGGUCACCUCCAGGGAAGGAGUUGCCUCGUCCAAGAAAGACCUUGAGCUACCAAUUAUACCUCCAACCCAUCUCGACCUAAGUGCUCUUCACAAUGUUAUCAGCAAGCCUUCAGCCCACAGAAACCAGAUGCACAUACUUCAUCAGAACAAGCAGAAAGCAGCAGCAGCAGCAGAAGCCCAUGCAGCGGCCACUGUAGCAAAUCCUGAAGCUCCUGGCUCAGCACCCAUGGCCAUCACACCCACUGUGCUUCGCUCUGUCCGGUUGCGAUCCAUCAGCAAGCCCAGUGAAGCAGGCCAGGACCAGCCCAGUGCCGAUCCUGCCACGAGGCCCAAGUGUCCCACCACAGCUGUCGUCACCCAACUCUCCAGUAACAAAUCACCAGAGUCCAAGAAACCUGCAGGCCACAGAUCCCAGGAUCCCGCUUCUCAGGAGUACUGUGAAACACUGUUUCCCCAAGGUGACGGACUCACCACAAGGGAUAUAGCAUAUCAGGAGAGUUCAAGGCACAGGCCGGACAGACACGGUCCAGGACCCUUUUGGGCUAUGACGGCAUUCAGAAUGCCCUCAGACUCGAUGACCGUGGAAGAAGACUUGUCGCCAAGACCACCUCUGCACACUGAGGUUCAAUGCCCUGGAAACGAGCUUCACAGAGGCCCAGAUUGUGGAGUGUUGACAGAAGAUGCAACAUGCCUCAAAGAGGAGGUGGAACAAAAGCAAAGCACUUUGAGUGACAGCCUGGAGAAGGAGUGCAGUCAACCACCUGAGCUGGAAACUGAUGUCUCCAUGUUGUGUCUGACAAAAGUAGGUUCCCCCCCUGCUCAAAGCAGUGUAGCAAAGACGUCUAACACGGGACCGAACAGCAGUCUUGACAAAGUGCCUGUAAUUACGAAUCAAUCAGAAACAUUGCAAGCUUAUACAAUCAGCAAUGCAGGUAGCAGAGAGGAAGAAUAUGAGACAUCAGGGGUUCCUACCAGAAGUGCCUCACAGGAAAGCCAGGAAGAAGGAUCAACACCAGACACAGAGGAUUACUUCAGCAAAGAGUCAACUCCCAGUGACAGCUCACUCACCUCUCCUUUAACUGAUGAGACAAAAACUGAGGAUGACAGCGUCUUCCUGUCACCUAAUAAGCUGCGCACAACUGAGGACCUGUUUGCUAUGAUUCACAGAUCCAAAAGGAAAGUGCUGGGCAGAAAGGACUCGGGCGAGUUGAUUGUGAGGAACCGGCUGAGUGCUGCAUCAGGAAGUACCCCACCUACUGCCCCGGCAACCUUGCCAAGCACCCCUCUGACCCCAGGCACCCCAACCAGCUCCCAGCGAGCUCCGGGGCCCAUUUACAGAAGCGCCAAAAAGUCCAGCACCUCCAACGAGGAGUUCAAGCUGCUGCUGCUGAAGAAGGGCAGCCGCACCGAUUCCAGCUACCGCAUGUCAGCCACUGAGAUCCUGAAAAGCCCCAUUACGCCCAAGGCUCCGGGGGACCUGGCAGCCGGCGAAGUGCCCCGGCAAACUGAGGAGCUGCUGUCCCCCCUGCAGCAGUCCCCAUCGGGCAUGGAGAGCCUCCCCGGCCCCUUCCCAAAGGCUAACACAGAGGGCUUCUCCCCAAAACUCUUCUCCAUGUCUGCCUCCUCCCGGCAGGGGCGAUCGCGGAUCCCGCCGGCGGCCAACAGUAGCCGCUACAGCACGCGUAGCAGGCUUUACACGGCACCCAUGCAGGCCAUCUCUGAGGGCGAGACGGAGAACUCGGACGGCAGCCCACACGACGACCGCUCCUCGCAGGGCUCCUCCUAGAACAGGCGCGGGUCUUCUUCUUUUAUUAUAAAAUGAAAAAAAAAGAGAGAAAAACACAAAAAACCCACACAAAUGAAAAACCUAUGGAUCGGAGACAGUGGUGUCAUUGGAAUUGUUGUUACCUAUUUUUAAAAUGUGUUUGACAAGAGAAACAAGAAAAAUAAGAAGCACAUUUUGCUUAAUUUGUAUACAUUUUUGUAACAAAGGGGGAAACACAGGAGCAAAUCACUUACACUAAAUCAAGGAGAUAGCUGGCCGAUGUCUCAUUGUAUUAUUCAUUGGAUUUGCCAUUACCAUUUUUCAUUCAUAUGUGUUUUCUUUGAAAGGCUUUUGUCCUUUUAGGGAAAUAUAUGAUUCAUCACUGUCUAAUAUCUUCGUAAUGAAAUGAGCACGUUUAAAACUCUUAAGUCAGAGGACGGGGGAUCAUAUCCAGAUUUAAUGCUUGCAAUGUCAGAAUGAAAUUGUAUAAGCUAUACAUUUUUGGGUGUUACAACAGUCAUGACAGAGGGCUAUGUUACUUUAAGAGAACCUUGUGGUAGCCUUGCAAAAAGCCAGAUAGGCAAACACGUGGUUAUGUAUAUAUAUUAGGGAUGGGCAUU